AUGGGCGGUAAAAUCACAAAGGUUGUACCUGGUUUAUACAUUGGUGCCAACGAAAAUGUAAGAGAUGAUGAAGAUCUUAUAGCGAACUGUAUUUCCCACAUACUUUCUGUUCAGAGUUCAGAUACAAAUAUUAAAAAAUUAUCUAACCAUGUCUACCACAAAGUUUUUGUUGGAGAGCCAGACACCAAGGGUCUGCUCCGAGUCAUCCCUGAAGCCAACGAUUUUAUUCAUGGUGCACGGGUGGCCUCUGGCAAUGUCCUUGUGCAUAGCGAAUCGGGCAUGUCCUCAAAUGUCGCCGUGGUCGCGGCUUACCUCAUGACGGUCUAUCAGCUGGAUAGAAAAACUGCAAUUGCAACGCUGCAAGGGUUGGUACCGGCUGUGCAGCCCAUACCUAGUCUCCAAAACCAACUCGAUCGCUUCUACGACAAUGGCAGUGUUGAGGUUGAUGGGAAAUCGGUCAUUACUGCAGCAACCGAGAGGGAACGACUGGAAAAAAAAUUCGGCCGUUGGCCCGGAAUGGAGACCGACAAACGAUUUCUGCAAGCCGCUUUGACUUCGCAUGAUAACCUUAAGGCGUCAGGAGCGUUUCUACUUUCCUCUGGUGAAAGCAGAUCCCGCCAGCAGUCAGUGUCCCCUCCUCCCGCAACUCCUGAUGUCCCCAAAUGCGACACAAACGUGUCCGUCAAAUUAUCUGCUCCUAAGAGUAAGCCCUCAAACGAGAAUGCUGACUUGGACUUUUGCUUUGACGACGUUCACGAAAACGAGAACGAUGACCACGGUGGUGACGUCGACGAGCGCGUGGACGUCGAUCCCCCGUCUUCUCCCUCCCUCGAAAAAAGUCACGAUGACCUCAGCGAUGAGGACGCCAUCGUUGGCUCCAUUCCCGUGCCACGGGGCAUGCCAGGCGGCAACAUCGCCUUCUCCAGUCGUCCGCAGCCCCUCUACCAUCGGCCAACUGCUGCGCCGACUGUCCACAUCCGAGGGGGGGACGGUGGUGGCAGUCGAGAUAUUUUUGAGCUGGUCGAGGACGCCGCGGCAUCACUUAGCGGUGCUGGGCUAGUGUACUCCUCCACCGCCCCCGCCAAUGGCGACAUCGCUUUUAGGAGGCCUCAAAUUUAG